GAUGCAGAUCUCAGACCACCUUUCUUUGACGACUAUGACUUUAUGAGAAGAAGACUCCCGGAGAAAGCUAAAAUACGAAAUUGAUCGACCGGCGGAAUUCCCGCCGAUUGAAAAAACCAAACUGCAUUAUACAUUUCAUACAUUACAUUUGCGUAUAAUAACCUUUUAACGAUUUGAAGAAAAAAUCAAAAAAUGGUAGUCGGUGGAGGAGAAGGAUGUUGUCCAACAAUGGAUCUUCUACGAUCGGAAGCAAUGCAGUUGGUCCAAUUGAUUAUUCCGAUUGAAUCGGCUCAUCGUACAAUUACUUAUCUCGGUGAUCUCGGUUUAUUCCAAUUCAAAGACCUUAAUGUGGAAAAGAGCCCAUUCCAGAGGACAUAUGCAACCCAGAUUAAAAGAUGUGGAGAAAUGGCACGGAAACUUCGCUUUUUAAAGGAACAGAUGACGAAGGCAGGGUUUACUCCUUCAGCAAGGACCUCAAUGUGCUCAAAUAUAAAUCUGGAUGAAUUGGAGGUCAAACUUGGAGAACUCGAAGCUGAGCUAGCAGAGACGAAUACUAAUACUGAAAAGCUUCAACGUUCUUACAAUGAGCUUCUCGAGUAUAAGCUUGUUCUACAGAAGGCUGGUGAGUUUUUCCAUUCAGCUCAAAACAGUGCUACAGCUCAGCAGAAAGAACUGGAGGAGCAUAUACAUGCCGAGAGAUCAAUUGAUAGUCCUCUGUUGUUAGAACAGGAAGCCUUUGGUGAUCCUUCAAAACAAGUUAAGCUGGGAUUUGUCAGUGGGCUUGUUGCUAGAGAGAAAUCUAUGGCUUUUGAAAGGUUUCUUUUUCGUGCAACCAGAGGAAAUGUAUAUUUAAAGCAAGUGGUUGUGGAAAAUCCUGUAACGGAUCCAUUGUCAGGCAAUGAGGUUGAGAAAAAUGUGUUUGUUAUCUUUUACUCUGGAGAAAGGGCGAAGAACAAGAUAUUAAAAAUUUGCGAUGCAUUUGGAGCAAAUCGGUAUCCAUUCACUGAUGACAUAGGCAGACAGUAUGAGAUGAUAACAGAGGUAUCUGGAAGACUUUCAGAGCUGAAGACCACCGUAGACAUUGGGCAACUACACAGGGCAAAUCUCUUACAGACCAUUGGUUAUGAAUUUGACCAAUGGAACCUUCUGGUGAAACAGGAGAAGUUCAUUUACCAUACGCUAAAUAUGCUCAGUUUUGAUGUGACAAAGAAGUGCCUUGUGGGUGAGGGUUGGUGUCCAGUUUAUGCGACCAGCCAGAUACAAAAUGCAAUACAUCGAGCAACUUUGGAUAGUAACUCACAAGUUGGGGCCAUAUUCCAGGUCUUGCAUACCACAGAAUUGCCACCUACAUAUUUCCGUACAAACAAAUUUACAUCUGCCUUCCAAGAGAUUGUUGAUGCAUAUGGGAUUGCAAAAUAUCAGGAAGUAAACCCUGGUGUUUUCACAAUAGUAUCUUUCCCAUUCCUCUUUGCUGUCAUGUUCGGAGACUGGGGACAUGGUAUAUGCUUGCUUCUUGCAACAUUAUACUUCAUUUUACGGGAGAAGAAGCUAUCUGGUCAGAAGCUUGGGGACAUCAUGGAGAUGACUUUUGGCGGUCGCUACAUUAUUAUGAUGAUGGCUCUGUUUUCAAUAUAUACAGGAUUCAUAUAUAAUGAAUUUUUCUCUGUCCCCUUUGAAAUAUUUGGACGCUCAGCUUACGGUUGUCGCGAUCCUUCCUGCAGGGAUGCCACUACAAUAGGUUUGAUCAAGGUCCGCGCUGCCUAUCCAUUUGGUGUGGAUCCUAAGUGGCAUGGUACACGCAGCGAAUUACCAUUUCUGAAUUCUUUGAAGAUGAAGAUGUCGAUUCUACUAGGUGUAGCUCAGAUGAAUCUCGGAAUCAUUCUAAGCUAUUUCAACGCAAAGUUCUUUAAAAAUGACGUGAAUGUCUGGCAUCAGUUUGUCCCCCAGAUAAUAUUUCUGAACAGCCUCUUUGGCUAUCUUUCACUUCUUAUUAUUGUCAAAUGGUGCACUGGUUCUCAAGCGGAUCUGUACCAUGUAAUGAUAUACAUGUUUCUAAGCCCUACUGAUGAUUUGGGCGAGAACCAGCUUUUUAUUGGGCAAAAAUUCCUCCAGCUUUUGCUAGUAUUACUUGCGCUUGUUGCUGUUCCAUGGAUGUUAUUUCCGAAGCCAUUUCUUCUAAAGAAGCAACAUGAGGAAAGGCAUCGAGGUCAAUUGUAUGCAAUGCUUGACAGCACUGAUGACUCGUUUGAGUUGGAGACACACGAUCAUUCACAUGGACAAGAAGAAUUUGAGUUCAGUGAAGUUUUUGUACAUCAACUCAUACAUACCAUAGAAUUUGUACUUGGAGCGGUCUCUAAUACAGCUUCAUACCUGCGUCUGUGGGCCCUCAGUUUGGCACAUUCAGAACUGUCAAGCGUGUUCUAUGACAAAGUUUUGCUCCUCGCAAUGGGGUUCAACAAUAUCAUCAUACUGAUCAUUGGCAUAGUUGUAUUUAUAUUUGCUACUGUCGGUGUGUUACUUGUGAUGGAAACUCUAAGUGCAUUCCUACAUGCCUUGCGUCUUCAUUGGGUGGAAUUCCAGAACAAGUUCUACGAGGGAGACGGAUACAAGUUUUCCCCAUUCUCGUUUGGUUUGAUUAGCGAGGACGAAGAUUAAAUAACAUAGAAGGUUGUGUAAACACUAUUGUUUCAUUGGUCAAAACACGCUUCGAUAUUUUUUCAUGCUUGUAGAAAUUUCUUGGUAACACACCAGUGAAAGCUGAGUGUUCGGAAAUGCCUUUUGUAUCUCAUCCACUUGCGUAAUCAUCUCAAAUAAAAAGGAGUUGUUUAUUUAGAAGGCUGCUAAUUGUUUCGAGUA